GCGCUUUCUCCAGCUCGGCUUCCACGGACUUUGCUAAUCUCCCGGACCGCAUCUGGACGCUCCGGCUCCGGGGCUGCACAAAGCUCAGCCACGCACACCCGCGCACACACCCCUCUCCUUUAUAAAUCAGCGCAGCUGAGCCCAGCCGCUCUUGGAGUCUCUGCCUCGAAGAGCGCUGGACUUGGAGUCAGAGAGACGUGGCUGCGAAUUCCUAGCGCUGUGACCUUGGCGCAACAGCUCUAGCUGGCAGCACCACCUCCCAGCAGCUUGUCCAACUUCUGCCAAGGCUGUGAAAUGCCAACCAUGUCGAGGCCUGCACUUGAUGUCAAAGGUGGCACCUCACCUGCGAAGGAGGAUGCCAACCAAGAGAUGAACUCUCUGGCCUACGCUGCUAACCUGGGCGUGAAAGAUCGCAAAGCAGUAGCCACUCUGCACUACCCCGGGGUUGCCGCGAAUGGAGCCAAGGCCAAUGGGGCUCCCCCUGGUGCCUCAGGAUCCCCACCUCCAAUGGGUUCUCCUACUACCACCCCUCCCGCUAAACCCCCACCCUUCAACCUGCAACCUACCCCUCACCUUCUGGCUAGUAUGCAGCUGCAGAAGCUUAAUAACCAAUAUCAUGAGGCCGCGGCUGCCGCUCCUGACCAACCCGAGGAGGCAGAAUCCCAGGGGCCCCAACAAAACUGGGGCCCGGGGGCUCAGGUGGGAGGGGCGGAGGCUGGUGCCCAGGGUCCUGCUAUCAUUGACUCAGACCCGGUGGAUGAGGAGGUGCUGAUGUCACUGGUGGUGGAACUGGGACUAGACCGGGCCAACGAGCUUCCGGAGCUGUGGCUGGGGCAGAAUGAGUUUGACUUCACUGCAGACUUUCCAUCUGGCUGCUGAUGGCCUCUGUCCCUAAAGGUGGAAGAAUAAAGCCACCGAUUCUGUUGUAAAUAAAAAUAAAAGUUACUUAGGUUAGCAAUGGCAAA